AUAAUACGAUAUGCAAUUCUAGAUGAAACUUAUUAAAAUAAUUAUUUGUAUUUUUUAUAAAAGAUUUUAUAUUGUAAAUUAAAAUGUGUUUCGUGAUUAAACUGGCUUUUAAAAGGUACAAGUUUACUGGCUUGUGAUCAUGAAAUUUUACGUUUUAAACCUUUUCAAAUUUGUAAAACUAGAGUUCAAAGGGCUGUCCAACUACUACGACCUUGACGAUGACAAUAAUAACCUAAAUAAGUCAAAUUCUACGGAUGCCACUAACAAUAUCCAAAAUUUCUCGAGCAGUGAAAUCCAUAACACUGAAUUUAUCAACAGCAAAGAUUUUGAGAAGAAUAAAAAUGUCCUAGAAUCCUUAAAUUCCGACACAUUUUGUAAAAAAUGUCAAAAUAAAAUAGAAUCAAGUGAUAAACCGCCCUGUAAAGAUUACAACGAGUCCUUGAAUUCACCUAAUGGAACAAAUAACACAGAUAAAUUUGGCUAUAACUUUGUACUAGAUUCAAUUCCUAAGAAUCUUCUACUGCACAUGGCAAGACUCCCCAAAUUUUUCGAAAAGUUAAUUUUCCAUUCCGUUGGCAUUUGUCUUGACUCUGUUUUAUUUGAACUAACAUUCAUGCCAAUUCAGGCCGUAACUACUGUAUCAUAUCUUAUUACUAGGUUUUUAUUAUACGUUUUUAAAGAAUUAAAGUAUAUGUUUCGCAAUGAUUUCUUAAACCUCUUCAACAAUCAUAAAGAUAAGGAACUUAAUAGUGGUAGAAGUGAUAAAUCAAGUGAGAAUUUUGAUGAGCCGAGAAACAUAACAUUGACAGAGGUGUGUGGAUGCGUGAGGUUUCUAGUGCUGUUGGCGACAGUUUAUAUCUUUUCAUUUAUAGAUACAUCAAAGGUGUACCAUAAUAUAAAGGCGCAACCAAUAAUGAAAUUAUACGUGCUCUUUAACAUGCUAGAAAUUUGUGAAAGGCUUUGCAGAUCAUUCAACAGAGAUAUAAUGGACAGUCUCGUUAAAACUACAAUUAACAUAUUUAUAAUUCAGUUCAAUAACACUAAUGUGUCAAGUGCCAGAGUAAAUUUUCAGAAACCUGAUUCUCAAAAGUGUCAAUUAGGCAAUAACGGAAACAAAAGUUUUUUAAAUUCACACACCAAUAACACACAGAAUCAUCCUAAUAAGUCUGUAAACAGGAGAUCAUCAUUAGACUCUGAAGGAUUUGUUCCUGGAAAUAAAACAGAAUCGCUGUUGAGCAGUUGUAGAAACCACGUGGAUGGGUUCAAUAUAUAUUAUAAAUUUGUAUUUCUGUACUGUUUUGUAGUCUUAACAAUAACUUUUCACGCGUUUAUACACUUGGUGAGGGUGCUGAUUCUGAACAUAGCAAUUAAUUCGCCAGAGUACACUAUGUUCUUGGUCUUAAUAACGAACAACUUCGGUGAAAUCAAGUCCUCAGUGUUCAAAAAACACACUCAGCUUUCACUAUUCAUAAUAUUCGCAUCAGAUGCUGUUGAAAGAUGUCAUUUAGUUUUAGACGGAUUACUAGUGUUCUUCAAAAUGUCGACAUCCAGAAGGAAUUUGAAUUCGUACAUUUCAGUUUUCAGCUGGCUUUUUCUAGUGUAUGGCAUUGAGGUCUUAAUUGACCUCGUAAAGCACUCAUACCUGAUUAAGUUCAAUAAACUACUUUCAGAAACGUUUGAAAAAUACGAUUCCGUCCUAAUCGCAGAUAGACUGCUAUCAAGAUCACUGUAUAACCUAAGGAGUCUGACAUUUUAUAAAUUAAAAGUACCCUGUAAGUGCUCAUUCUCAUUCUCACACAUCUCUUCAAGGCGGUUGGGGUUCAUAUCAUCGCCAAUUGUGACUUUGAUAAUAUCCACAAUACCUAAAAUGGGAUUUCACAUUUCACCGAAGAUCCUGAUCAUCUCUGCCUUUUCGUGGCUCUCACUGUUUUUCGUUAAAAUCACAACAUCGAUUCUUCUUACCGGUUAUUGCAUCAAGAAGAAGGACCAGAUUUAUUCCCUGGACCCAGAACUGUAUAAAAUCGGGGCCUUGUAAUCUCAUCUUUCUAGUA